UAAUUUACCUGUGUAUCAAAGGCUAUAUAAACGCGGUUGUUUGCAACUAAUAUUAAGUCUACAAAUUGGUAUCGACGUGGUUUGACGAUAUGAAGCUCAUAAUCACAUUUGGACUUGUGUUCUUUGCACUGUUUGCAAAUGUCACUGCAGGUGAUUCUAAAAACUGUUUCUGCAAAGUGGCUUUGGCUGGUGAGAAAAGAAUCAUCCAGGAUCUGGGCAGCAUAGAUAGACAAACUAACUGGCUUUCCGUCCCCUGUAGUCGCAUGGUCAACUGUCCGAACCUUUGCGACCAAGCAGUUAAGGUCUGGAGCUGUAACAACAAAGAUGAUUGCAACAGUCUGAGCAAUGGCAAGAAAGUUAUCCAGCAUUACAAGGCCAGUGUGUGCUACGAAGGCUUUGGGCACGAUGAGAUGACUUGCGGAGUUAACUGUUAAACACGUAUGAUGCAAUAUAGAAGAUAACGAAGAUACACUCAGAUUGAUAAUACUUUAAACCUUCGAACUGUCACCUGCUUUUGUAAAUUCAAAAUGCCUCUAAAAUCAGCAGUAUCGGCCUCUAUAACAUCGCAUGUAUAUGUUUGAUGCAACGAAAUUGAGAAUAGACACUUCAGAAUUAACUCUUUAUAUACAAUAUGGUACUAUAAUGAAUCAACAUAACUAUUCAUUUACGACUAUUAUUUGUGUUAUGUAUCACAAUUAUCUCAAAAGCUGUUCCGGUGCUGCUACAUACCUACGUGUUGAAUGCUCUCUUGACUAGAUACUUAUGUAUGUUGAUAUUUGUGUGCUUUGAAAUUGUAUACUGUUUAUGCAAUAAACUCUGAACUUGUA